GGCUAGCUAGACGUCUGGGCAGCCCCAGCGCAAAGCGCAGCAGCCUGUCUUCUCUUCUUCCCGCACUGUGCGCUCCUCCUGGGCUAAGGCGUCUGGAGCAAGUCCCGGAGGCUUCCGCCUCCCAGACAGACGACGGGUCACCUGGACGCUAGCCUGAGUCCGGGUCGCGUCGUUGCCGAAGUCACCGGGCACGACCGUGGGACUCCGUCGGUCUCGGAUUAAUCCCGGAGAGCCAGAGCCAACCUCUCCUGGUCAGAGAUGCGACCCUCAGGGACCGCGAGAACGAAGCUGCUGGUGCUGCUGGCCGCGCUCUGCGCCGCAGGUGGGGCGCUGGAGGAAAAGAAAGUUUGCCAAGGCACAAGUAACAGGCUCACCCAACUGGGCACUUUUGAAGACCACUUUCUGAGCCUGCAGAGGAUGUUCAACAACUGUGAAGUGGUCCUUGGGAACUUGGAAAUUACCUAUGUGCAAAGGAAUUAUGACCUUUCCUUCUUAAAGACCAUCCAGGAGGUGGCUGGCUAUGCGCUCAUUGCCCUCAACACUGUGGAGAGAAUCCCUUUGGAGAACCUGCAGAUCAUCAGGGGAAAUGCUCUCUAUGAAAAUACCUAUGCCUUAGCUGUCCUGUCCAACUAUGGGGCAAACAGAACUGGACUGAGGGAACUGCCCAUGCGGAACUUACAGGAAAUCCUGACUGGUGCUGUGCGAUUCAGCAACAACCCCGUCCUCUGCAAUAUGGAGACUAUCCAGUGGAAGGACAUCGUCCAAAAUGUCUUUCUGAGCAACAUGUCAAUGGACUUACAGAGCCCCCUGAGCAGCUGCCCAAAAUGUGAUCCAAGCUGUCCCAAUGGAAGCUGCUGGGGAAGAGGAGAGGAGAACUGCCAGAAAUUGACCAAAAUCAUCUGUGCCCAGCAAUGUUCCCGGCGUUGUCGUGGCAGGUCACCCAGUGACUGCUGCCACAACCAGUGUGCCGCAGGGUGUACAGGACCCCGAGAGAGUGACUGUCUGGUCUGCCACAAGUUCCGAGAUGAAGACACAUGCAAAGACACCUGCCCACCACUCAUGCUGUACAACCCCACCACAUAUCAGAUGGAUGUCAACCCUGAGGGGAAGUACAGCUUUGGUGCCACCUGUGUGAAGAAGUGCCCCCGAAACUAUGUGGUGACAGAUCAUGGCUCCUGUGUCAGGGCCUGUGGGCCUGACUACUACGAAGUGGAAGAAGAUGGAGUCCGAAAGUGUAAAAAAUGUGAUGGGCCCUGUCGCAAAGUUUGUAAUGGCAUAGGCAUUGGUGAAUUUAAAGACACACUCUCCAUAAAUGCUACAAACAUCAAACACUUCAAAUACUGCACUGCCAUCAGCGGGGACCUUCACAUCCUGCCAGUGGCCUUUAAGGGGGAUUCUUUCACACGCACGCCUCCUCUAGAUCCACGGGAACUAGAAAUUCUAAAAACUGUAAAGGAAAUAACAGGGUUUUUGCUGAUUCAAGCUUGGCCUGAAAACUGGACUGAUCUCAACGCUUUUGAGAACCUAGAAAUAAUACGUGGCAGAACAAAGCAACAUGGUCAAUUUUCUCUGGCGGUUGUUGGCCUGAACAUAACAUCGCUGGGAUUGCGUUCCCUCAAGGAGAUCAGUGAUGGGGAUGUGAUCGUUUCUGGAAACCGAAAUUUGUGCUAUGCAAACACAAUAAACUGGAAAAAACUCUUCGGCACACCCAAUCAGAAAACCAAAAUCAUGAACAACAGAGCCGAGAAAGACUGCAAGGCCACGAACCACGUCUGCAAUCCUUUAUGCUCCUCAGAAGGCUGCUGGGGCCCAGAGCCCAGGGACUGUGUCUCCUGCCAGAAUGUGAGCAGAGGCAGGGAGUGCGUGGAGAAGUGCAACAUCCUGGAGGGGGAACCGAGGGAGUUUGUGGAAAAUUCUGAAUGCAUCCAGUGCCAUCCAGAAUGUCUGCCCCAGACCAUGAACAUCACCUGUACAGGCCGGGGGCCAGACAACUGCAUCCAGUGUGCCCACUACGUUGAUGGCCCACACUGUGUCAAGACCUGCCCAGCUGGCAUCAUGGGGGAGAACAACACCCUGGUCUGGAAGUAUGCAGAUGCCAAUAAUGUCUGCCACCUCUGCCAUGCAAACUGUACCUAUGGAUGUGCUGGACCAGGUCUUCAGGGCUGUGGACCACCAGAAGGGACAAAGAUCCCAUCUAUCGCCACUGGGAUUGUGGGUGGCCUCCUCUUCAUAGUGGUGGUGGCCCUUGGGAUUGGCCUAUUCAUGCGAAGGCGUCACAUUGUUCGAAAGCGUACACUACGCCGCCUGCUUCAAGAGAGAGAGCUUGUGGAACCUCUCACACCCAGCGGAGAAGCUCCAAACCAAGCCCACUUGAGGAUAUUAAAGGAAACAGAGUUCAAAAAGAUCAAAAUUCUGGGUUCAGGAGCAUUUGGCACAGUGUAUAAGGGUCUCUGGAUCCCAGAAGGUGAGAAAGUGAAAAUCCCUGUGGCCAUCAAGGAGUUAAGAGAAGCCACAUCUCCAAAAGCCAACAAGGAAAUCCUUGACGAAGCCUAUGUGAUGGCCAGUGUGGACAACCCUCAUGUAUGCCGCCUCCUGGGCAUCUGUCUGACCUCCACUGUCCAGCUCAUUACACAGCUCAUGCCUUAUGGUUGCCUUCUGGACUAUGUCCGAGAACACAAGGACAACAUUGGCUCCCAGUACCUACUCAACUGGUGUGUGCAGAUCGCAAAGGGUAUGAACUACCUGGAAGACCGGCGUUUGGUGCACCGUGACCUGGCAGCCAGGAAUGUACUGGUGAAGACACCACAGCAUGUCAAGAUCACAGAUUUUGGGUUGGCCAAACUGCUUGGUGCUGAGGAGAAGGAAUACCAUGCAGAGGGGGGCAAAGUGCCUAUCAAGUGGAUGGCUUUGGAAUCAAUUUUGCACCGAAUUUAUACACACCAAAGCGAUGUCUGGAGCUAUGGAGUCACCGUGUGGGAACUGAUGACCUUUGGAUCCAAGCCUUAUGAUGGAAUCUCCGCAAGUGAGAUCUCAUCCAUCCUAGAGAAAGGAGAACGCCUUCCACAGCCACCUAUCUGCACCAUCGAUGUCUACAUGAUCAUGGUCAAGUGCUGGAUGAUAGAUGCUGAUAGCCGCCCAAAGUUCCGAGAGUUGAUUCUUGAAUUCUCCAAAAUGGCCCGAGACCCGCAACGCUACCUUGUUAUCCAGGGGGAUGAGAGAAUGCAUUUGCCAAGCCCUACAGACUCCAACUUUUACCGAUCCCUGAUGGAUGAAGAGGACAUGGAAGAUGUAGUUGAUGCUGAUGAGUACCUUAUCCCACAGCAAGGCUUCUUCAACAGCCCGUCCACAUCACGGACUCCCCUCUUGAGCUCUCUGAGUGCAACCAGCAACAAUUCCACUGUGGCUUGCAUUAAUAGAAAUGGGAGCUGCCGUGUCAAAGAAGAUGGCUUCCUGCAGCGGUACAGCUCCGACCCCACCAGAGUCCUAACAGAGGACAACAUAGAUGACGCGUUCCUCCCUGCACCUGAAUAUAUAAACCAAUCUGUUCCCAAGAGGCCGGCAGGCUCUGUGCAGAACCCUGUCUAUCACAAUCAGCCCCUCCAUCCAGCUCCUGGAAGAGACCUGCAUUAUCAAAAUCCCCAUAGCAAUGCAGUGGGCAACCCUGAGUAUCUCAACACUGCCCAGCCUACCUGUCUCAGUAGUGGGUUUAACAGCCCUGCCUUCUGGAUCCAGAAAGGCAGCCAUCAAAUGAACCUGGACAACCCUGACUACCAGCAGGACUUCUUCCCCAAGGAAACCAAGCCAAAUGGCAUCUUUAAGGGCCCCACAGCUGAAAAUGCAGAGUACCUACGGGUGGCACCUCCAAGCAGUGAGUUUAUCGGAGCAUGACAUGAAGGGGCAUCAUACCAGCUAUAAAAUGCCUGGACUUUCUAAAAGCCCAGGAUCAAGCCAUGGCAGCACCUCUACUCCUGACAGCCAUGCCCAUGUUGUGUCAAAUGUCAAACCCUCAGACUGCCUUUAAAGCAUAACUCUGAUGGGCUUUGUCACUGAGCCAAGAAGUGGGCCCCUCCCCUGAUGCACUUUGGGAAGUUGAAGGUACAUUAGUUGAUCUUCGAACUGUGAAGAUUCCACAAAAAGGUAUCCAUCAAGAACAUUGUCCAUUGGAACAGAAAUUUGCCUCAUGGUGAGGUACCUAGGGGAAAAACAGACGUGGAGCAUAUUGCUUAGGGAACUUUGGGAUUCUUGCCUUUAUUGAUUUGAUUCAUGCACUCUUGUAGUCUGGGUGCAGAGUUGCCUGGAGCCAACUGACACACAGUUGGUUCCACCAGCUCUGCAUCAAGAUAAUUCCAUGGCAAGACAACUAAAUACACAAGAAGUCCUGGAUUCCCUGAGCAGGCCACACUUGUACAGCAUUAAACCAUGGCAGGUACAAUAGGAUAAGCCACUUGUUACUUACUGGGGCUGGGAGAAGAGGAAUGACGGGGUAGACUUUUCCUUUGGACUUACUUUUUGUAUAAAUAUGUCCCUUGCAUUUAACAUGCUCUAGUUUACCAGUGUUUUCUGACUAUUAGACUUCCUUCUAUGUUUUCUGUUUCGUUGUUUUGAGUUGUAAAUAUGCUUUCCUGUCUUCAUUUCAUGAAGUAAGCAAACAAAAAACCCAGUAUUAAGUAUUAUCAAAGAACAACCAUGAUUCCACAUUUGAACCCACUCAAACUAUCAGUAUUGUGACCAAAAGCCUUUAACUAAGGAGUAACCAUGCAAAAAUCCAGAGAGGAAUUUAACACAAAAUUUUAGUCUCAGCAUUGGGUCUGCUGAGUCAUGUAUAUGAGACUAAAAAAGUGAAGCUGCUCUUCAAAUCCACUUUACCUUCACCCCUCUCCACCCUAAAUCUAGUGUAAACCACACAUGGAGGAUAACUUUUUAAUCUUAAAAGUGUUUACUGGAGGUAUAUUUUCCUCCCUGGAGGAAACUGCCUCCAAACAUUUUCUCUCCCUUUUAGAAAAAUGGCCUAGGUUUCCAUGUAAUAAGGGGCAGCCUGUGGUAGGCUUGGUAUGCAGGUCCCAAGAAAGAAAAUGUUAAGAAGAGUGGAAUGCAAUAGUCUUCUGAAAGUGACAUGAUGACAGUGCUCCCAUGGAUGCUUGCAGGGAGGAAGGGAUUCAACUCCAAGUGAUCUCACCAUCAUCGGUGCAUCCAGUACACAAGACCUCCUUACAGCCCGAUUAGAUAAUAGCCAUUUUUGGUAAACAAUAUUGUAAUGAUCUCAGGAUCCAUCUCUUCCCAUUUACCAAAUGAUGGAUAGACAUGGACUCAUAAACACUAACCAUAAGGCAAAACAAUGAGUGUCCGACAAGACAUCGACCAGGCACCAGAGCACAGAGCAGGAUGGGGCAUUCUGUCGGAGAUAUCUAGAAAGUUCACAAAGGAGACAAGACUGCCCACUAUCUUCUAAGAUCUAAAGGUCAUAAAUACCAGGGAAAUGGAAAGUAUGUUUCCUUACAGCAGUGGGUCCUCAACCUUCCUAAUGCUGUGACCCUUUAAUACAGUUCCUCAUGUGUGGUAACUUCCAACCAUAAAGUUAUUUUUUGUUGCUACUUCAUUACUGUAAUUUUGCUACCCUUACAAAACACAAUGUAAAUAUCUGAUAUGCUAUCUGAUAUGUAGGUUAUCUGACAGGGGUCGAAACCCACAGGUUGGGAACCACUACCUUCAAGGCUUCAACCAAGAGAGCAGUGGCCAGAGGGCUUUUCUAGCAAGUCAGGGAGGGGCAAGGCCAAUCAUCCUCACAUGAUUGCUGCUCCCUCAGGCCUGCAAAUGAAGCUUGAAGCAUCCUCUGGGUUUCCUAACUGUUAUCCAUUCCUGGCUUUCAUCUAUGAAAAUAGAUGUCAUCUGUGAAGUUAAGUAGUGAGGAGAUUAAGCAGCCUUUAUAGAGUGAAAUUCCAUGUUAUCACCAGGAAAUGCCACGUUGAUCACAGAGAACACAGAGGAGACAUUUAGGCAGGAUUUUGCUCAAAAUUGGGAUAUGGAAUGAGCCUGUCAGGUACCUAUCAGGAGCAGAUAAUCGAUGAGAGAAAACCGUUGCAAGCCACUCAAAUUGUAGCAAUGAAAUCCUAUUAUUUUUGUACUUUGAAAUACUUUCUUAUAACAAAAUAAAGUAGCAAAAACUAUUUAGACUUGCUUGUCUUCUUACUUAAGUACUCCGCAUAAAGUUUAGUUAUCGGGGUUAAGGUUGUGUUUGCCAAUGUGUCCUCACUGUGUCUGUGCAGGGAGACAUGGGGCUGUGAGCCCUCCAAAGCAGUUCCUUUUGCAGUGGUUCUCAACCUUCCUCAUGUAGUUCCUAAUACAGUACCCCAUGUUGUGGUGGUACCCCAACCAUCAAAUUAUUUUGUUGAAACUUUAUAGUUGUAAUUUCCUACCGUUAGGAAUUGUAAUAUAAAUAUCUGAUAUGUGUUUCAAAAGUACCUUAGCAGCCACUGGGGGUAAAAGAAAGGUACAGAGCAGGAAGGCACCAUACUGGGACCAGCAUUUCAUUACAUCCCUGGAAGUCUUAGCUCAGCUUAACUCUUCCACAAUUAACCAGUCUCAUUUGCCUUGAGAAAGUAGGGCAUCUUUCUACUAAUUGUUUCUCAGUCCAAUCUUACGUAAACUUUUUCUAUGUCUUGACCCCCAUCCUGGCUUUUGGACAAUUCAUGGGAAAAUAAAUAUAUAGAGCUAACAUUUACAUGGGCACAAAUGUUUUUGUGGUCUAAAAAGAGCUCCUAUCAUCAUACCAUAUAAAAAUUACUGUUUAGCUCAUGGUGAAAAAUGAUAAUCACUUAAAUGCUAAAUUUUCUGUGAGUCCCUGCUAUCAUAGGCUUUAUAGAUAGAAGCCCAGGCAAAGCACAAAAUUGCAUUCCAACUAAUAAAAUAGUUUAGGCAUUUGUCGGAGACUUUUUUGUUUGUUUGUUUUACCAUCCCACCCGAUCCCAAACUGUAGACAUAAAAGAACCUGGACUGCAGAAGCACUGAAGCACUGGGUCUUGGGCUGGGCUACCAUGAUAAAUUUCCAGCCUGUACAGUUUCAACCUAAUCCUUCUUAAGUCCAUGGACUUUUCAGAGUACCUCCAGGAUAUUGCAAUAAACAUCAAAGUUUAAAGAGCCACUGUAAAAGGCUUGAUAAGGGGACCAUUGACACUCACGAGUGGCUGCCCAUCUGUGGUUCAUUCAUAUUGGAUCUUUGGUUGCACUUGUAUAAGACAAAGCUGGUACAUGAAGAUUAUGUAUCUGCAUCUAUCCUCACUGCAAAUGAAAAGUACCUGGAUCGCUUAGAAAGGCUUCCCCAGUCCCUGCAGUCUCAAGCAGUCAGAAUCCCAGAGGGGUACCCCACCCUUAAUUCUAAUCCUCAUCUGCAACAUCUUCAUCCAUGGUACAGGCUGGCUACUCUACUCUGCCCAAAAUAAAACCCCUAGUUAGGGAGGCUCCAUGGCUCACAGAAAGCAUAAUUUGCAGUCACCACUAUUCCUAUGAAUUGUCCAUAAAUGUAGCCUUUCCAAAAUUCUCUUUUUUUUUUCCAGCAAAACCUUUAUCCUGAAAAGGGUUAAUAUCUAAAUCUGGGCCUUGCUAAAGUCCUAGGACACCUUGCAAAUGUCCUCGGACAUUUUGUGUUAUCUAAGAAACAAGUCAUAAAAACCCAACACUUCCCACCUCCCCACAUUGAAUGAGCUGUUCCCACUUAAGAAGCAGAUGUUAAAGUUAUGCUUAAUCUCUACUUUCUUUUGAUAAGCUUGUGUUUGUAUUAAAACAUAAUGAUCUGUUUACAUGUCCUUGCUUGGGAGGUGUAAAACCAUAACUGAGAAGAAAUCCAUCACUCUUUUUCUCAGCCUCAUCUACUAUUCCAGAGACAAAAAUCUUGGUACUAUUGAAGCCCCAUGUAGACAGAAUUUGUAAAUGUAAAUGUAUUUUUGUAUCUGAUUUUAGUAUAUGGUCCUCUUUAUGUAGCAUUGAACUUUGUAAAGUAUAUUUUUUUAGGAAACUCAUUGGUUUGGGGGGAUUUUUGUUGUUUUUAAAAAGAAAACUGCUUUGGAAAAACUGCAAUAGAAUCAAAAUUUGAAACUGAAAUCUUUGUUAAAAACUGUUCGACUGAGGUGAGGAGAGAAGUCUCUUUUCUCUUAGGUGAAUGCUCUGCCUCAUUACAGAGCUAAGCUAGAUAGGUCAUUUCCACAGUGAAUGAGAGGAGGGUCAUUUUAGUAGCAUUACAUGCAGAAAAGAUGAAAGACAUAUGAGCUUAGUGCUGGUCUGAGAAGAAGCUGGGGAUUCUGGGGCAAUGUCAGCUUAAGGAUUGCUGCCCGCUCAUUACUACUAGAGGAAUUUAAAUGAGGGUCAUUCUCUGAUCAUCUGCCAGUAUGACCUUGUAAAUGAAUGAGAUUCAAUGAUACAACACUUUGUUGGUUUACAUAUGCUAAUGCAACAUUAACAUCAAUUAUUUUGUUUUUAUAGUUACAAUGUCAUUCACUUACUAGUGUGUCCUAGAAAUGUCUGGAAAGCCACAAUAAUAUGUAUGCUUGUUUGAGUUACUUAAUAUAUUCCUGAAACCUAUCACAUGCAAACAUGGUCACUCUAGACAAACCUUUCAUGGUGCAGUUAUACAUGCACCAUAAAAUCACCUAGGCUGAUUUUACAACUCUUGAAAUCCAGCCACACUCAAGAAACCAUCAAAUGUGAGUCACCAUGGGGUAAAACUUGAGAAUUUUUACUUUUCAAAAGUCCUAAGUCCCUUCUCAUGUAUAGAGUCAUACAUGAUUUUUUAACUCUGUUUAGGAUUAAAAAUAUAUAUAUAUAUACAAGCCCAGAGAAUAGCCCUAGACUCAUAGGUGACUCAGGAGAUGUGGAUGGAAUCUAGGCCCAGAGAACUCUAAGCCUGCUUGUCAGCAUCUUUCUGGGAAGUAGGGGUGUCAGGAACCUAGUUAGGAUUUCCAUGGCAGCUACCUGGGCAUUUAAAAUGUCUUGCCAAUGGUCAAGAAGCUAAAGAAGUGAAACACAGACAUCCCCAGCACCAUUUUUGUGUUACCUAAGCAAACUCUAUAAAGAAUGAGUGUCAGGAAAGUAAAGGUUUUAUGAUGCUUACACAUCUAACUUCAUUUGCAAUCUACCAGUCUGUGCUAACCCAUGAACUUCUAUCUCCCAGAAGGAAAACCUUGGCCUAUUAGUUUGACUGCAAUGGGCAGAUUGCUAAAUACUUACGUGUCUUUUGUAAGAAUAAAACUCCAAAAAGAGGAAUCUUGCAUUAAGAAACACACACACUAUACUGGGAUAAACACUGAAGCAACUAAUCCAGAUUUUUCUGCCAUGUGUGUAUGCACAGUGAUCUUCAUGUCUCGCCUGAAUUACCAACAAAAUUUCCAGGAGUCAUUACCUCACACCAGCAGAAAAAUAUAUGAAAGCAUUUGAGUUUAUACAUCUUACAUGCACUUUUUAUUUGGAAAAUGUAAUGCCAUACUCUCUUGAUUUGGAUACAAAGUAUUGUUACUGUAUAAUACAAAUGUGUAGAAAUGAUGACACCCCAGAAUAUAAUGACUCUUUCUAGAUGUGAUGACAUGACUAACCACAGACAGCAGUAAUCUCAUGUUAGCUUCAUUCACGCAAUAGCUUUAGAGCUUCUUAUAUGGCACAUUUUAACUUUGUAAAGUCAUGCAAUAAUGAAAGCAAUAUUUGUACAAAUGCAAAGCAAGAUCUCUUUUACCUACUGUUGAUUAAAAUAAGUUGAUUGUACAUUAAGUAUUAAAAACUGGAUGUAUGUUCUUCGUUGUUUGCUACUCAUAAGAACUUAAUGAUUUGCAUUCUUUGUUAACAGUGCAGUAUACUUCCUGUUAUUAUUCAUAUCUGACUAUAGACACUUUCUUGACUUUUUAUUGUUUUUAAAUUUAUUUUGACUUAACUUGCUGAUUUUGUGGUGCUCUGUGGACCAAUGAGCUGUAUUCCCCAUCCCAACUGAAAACAUUUUUAAAAAAUUAAUAAACCUUAUUUUCAGACAA